CUAGUUGUGCAAAGUGGAUUUGAGAGAGGAAUUUGUUGCUGUCUCUUUAAGAGCCCAAUACUGUCCUGCAAGUGAGCGCUUAUAAAGGCAGGUAAGCUGAUGCGCUUAGAUUAAAUGAUCUGGCAGCCAGGCAGAAGGAAGCCGUCCACAGAAUGACAGGCCAUAACUGCUGGGGAUACGGUCAGAAAGAUGGACCUUCUCUAUGGUAUAAGUCUUAUCCCAUUGCCCAAGGCAGCCGUCAAUCUCCAAUUGAUAUCCUCUCCAUGCAAGCUAUCUAUGACCCCAGUUUGAAGCCUCUCAAUAUUUCCUAUGAAUCAGAUUCAUCUCUUGGCAUCUCCAACAAUGGACAUUCAGUCAUGGUGGACUUCAACGAUGUUGAUGACAAAACAGCUAUCAGUGGAGGCCCUUUGGAAAAUCCUUAUAGGCUGAAACAAUUCCAUUUUCAUUGGGGGACAAGCCAGAAUUCUGGAUCCGAACACACCAUUAAUGGGAAAUCUUUUCCUUGCGAGCUCCAUUUAGUUCACUGGAAUGCCAAGAAAUACACAACGUUUGGAGAAGCUGCAGCUGCCCCAGACGGCCUAGCCGUGAUUGGGAUUUUCUUAGAGGUUGGACAAGAACAUGCUUCUAUGAACAGAUUGACUGAUGCCUUCUACAUGGUCAAAUUUAAAGGAACAAAAGCUGAGUUCAGAUCUUUCAACCCAAGCAUUCUGCUUCCUUCCUGUAAAAAAUACUGGACUUAUGUCGGCUCUUUGACAACGCCGCCCCUCCAUGAAAGUGUAACCUGGAUAAUCCUGAAGGAAUCUAUCCAAAUAUCAGAGAAACAGGUAAAUCUUGACGAUGGAGAAAUUCAGAUGUCUCCUUUUUACAACAGAGGAAGACGAAAAGAUCCCGAUGGUGAAUAAUUUUCGCCCCCCUCAGCCUCUUAAGGGGAGGGUUGUUCGGGCCUCCUUCAAGGUAUAAAAAGAUUGAAUGAAAAAGGAUAACGAAGAACAUUAAAGAGAAUUUCUAAUAUCA